GAGCAGCAGCAGGGACAUUUAUAUUUAAACACCAUAGCCGCCCGUGUGCACUCCUGGAGCCCCCGCAAGACGAGACCGGGAGGACAGCACACGGAGAACAUCGCCAGCUCGGCGGGCAUACUGAAGGGGGUCGUGUCCAACUUCACCGCCUUCUGCUUGACCAUCACGUGCAUCUUCCAGGUAAAUGUUAAGUCCAAGAAGCUAAGCCAUGCUGGAUCCAAGCCCUCCAUCUGCAAGAGAAGUUACCCAUUUUCCAAGAUAGCCAUGAACAGUUGCAAGUACAAUGGAGGAGUUGUGAGGCCACUUGGCAGCCUGGGCUCAUCACGUCGCAAUCUCGCCGAGCUGGACUCGGAGACACAGCCCCUGCAGACACUUCACAGUUCUGGCUUGGAGGUAGUGGUCUCCAAGGGCAACAGUGAAGAUACUGGCAAAGUAUCCAGAGACAGCCUGGGAAGAGAUGGAGGUGGCACGUGCCACAAGAAAAACAAGGAUAUUGGCUACAAAUUGGGCCAUCGAAGAGCGCUGUUUGAGAAGCGUAAGCGGCUCAGUGACUACGCCUUGAUCUUUGGAAUGUUUGGGAUUGUGGUCAUGGUCACGGAGACAGAACUUUCUUGGGGCGUGUAUUCCAAGGAAUCUUCUCAUUCAUUUGCACUGAAAUGCCUUAUCAGCCUCUCCACUGUUAUUUUACUGGGACUCAUUAUAAUGUACCAUGCCCGUGAGAUUCAGCUUUUCAUGGUGGACAACGGGGCAGAUGACUGGAGAAUAGCCAUGACGUACGAACGGAUAUUUUUUAUUGUGCUUGAACUGCUGGUGUGCGCCAUUCACCCAAUUCCAGGACAGUAUGUAUUCACAUGGACCGCACGCCUGGCCUUCACCUACACGCCUUCUGUGGCAGAUGCCGAUGUCGACAUUAUUCUUUCCAUUCCCAUGUUCUUGCGUCUCUACCUGAUUGGCCGUGUUAUGCUACUUCAUAGCAAGCUUUUCACUGAUGCUUCCUCGCGCAGCAUUGGCGCACUUAACAAAAUAAACUUCAACACAAGGUUUGUCAUGAAGACACUUAUGACCAUCUGUCCUGGAACAGUGUUACUUGUCUUCAGUAUCUCCUCCUGGAUAAUUGCGGCAUGGACUGUUCGCGUCUGUGAAAGGUAUCAUGACAAACAGGAAGUGACCAGUAACUUCCUGGGAGCCAUGUGGCUAAUUUCAAUAACCUUCCUCUCUAUUGGCUACGGAGACAUGGUGCCUCACACAUACUGUGGAAAAGGGGUGUGUCUGCUGACAGGGAUCAUGGGAGCUGGCUGCACAGCGUUGGUAGUUGCCGUGGUGGCCAGGAAGCUAGAGUUGACCAAGGCUGAGAAACAUGUCCACAACUUCAUGAUGGACACACAGCUCUCAAAGCGGGUUAAAAACACGGCUGCAAAUGUACUCAGGGAAACAUGGCUCAUCUAUAAACACACAAAACUGGUGAAGAAGAUUGACCACGCCAGGGUGCGCAAACACCAGCGCAAGUUCCUGCAAGCAAUUCACCAAGCUCAGAAAUUACGCAGUGUCAAAAUGGAGCAACGGAAGCUAAAUGACCAAGCAAACACUUUGGUGGACUUGGCAAAGACACAGAAUGUAAUGUACGACUUGGUGUCCGAGCUCCAGGAGCGCAGUGAGGACCUGGAGAAGCGUAUCGGUACACUCGAAGACAAGCUGGACUCCAUCACUGGGACCCUGCAGGCUCUACCUGGCCUCCUCAGCCAAGCCAUAACACAACAACAGAGGGACUUCCUAGAGGGUUUCACACAUCGCUUUAGGCCCGCCUCCCUGGGCUCAGAACGCUCCUGGACACCGACAAGACGCCGGCGUUCCCCUUCCACGGCACCUCACACGUCUUCUGACAGUGGAUAAAAAAAUCAUAAUACAAACUAAAAAAGAUGACAAACUAAGUAAAACGAGACAAAAACAGUAGAGAAUAUGGUUUAUGUUUAGCCAUUGUAUGGCUGUUCAAGUUAGCUUUUUUUGUAAAGCCCAUGUAUAGUUACUGACUGAGUUCAGGGUGCUGGGGUGAAGCUGGCUAUCACACCGGACUAUCAUUAAACUCAACUGAAACAAAAACCGGGUCCUGCAACCGUUCCCAACAAGCAGGAGGAGGGUAGCUGCUUGAGUGAGGCGGGUAGAAUUUUUUUAUUUUUAUUAUUAUUAUGAUUAUUUUUUUUUUUUUAUUUGUUAUUUUCUCAGCAGCUGUUGAUUUGCUUUUUUUGUCCCAUUAAAACAAAAAGAUGUGGGAAGCAGAAGAAGAUGCAGAAGCUCGUGGCCGUGAAUCCUGGUGCUACAGACUUCAUUUGUUUUCUUCCUCAUCAGGGAUUCCCUCCACGGGAAGGAAGCGGCAGGCGAUGCAUGCGGAUUGCUUACAGAAUUCACCGCCCUUUGCAUGUUUCAGUGCAAAAGGAGGUGAUCUGGGUUGCCCGACUAUCUGAAAGUUUUUAAUGUAAUUUUUAAUUUUCAACCAUUUUGAGGGGAAAGGUUGGGGAAACUUUUUCACUUUUUUUAUCAACAGGUUGAACGUAAAAUGGCAGAGGCUAUUUCAAACAAUUAAAAACAAUGCCUGCA